AUGCCUUCCGUGCAAUUGCUAGAUACGGAUAAGUCAAUUCUCAAACGACUCUCUUGGCGUUUGACUAAUUGGUUCAAUGCCAUCGCCAGUCACGUCGUAGGUGUUUCUUUGGACUGUAAGACAUUACAGGAUGAUUCAAGUAUGGACGUGAGAAACAAGGGCAAUAAGUCGGAUUUUGAAACGGAAGAUGAAGAUGAAGGUGAAGAUGGGAAACUUAAUGAAAAUGGAAAGAACUCGCAAGAAGAUACUGACAACAGGCGCAUUUCUCUUUUCCCAUCCUCGCAUAAUGUGGACAGACAGUUAGAAUAUAAUGCCUCUGUCAUACCAUGUUCUUUGAACAUCAAUGGAUUACAAAGCCCAAUGUCCGUUGCAAGGACUCCCGAAGGUCAAAUGGAAUGGAAGAUGACGAUAGACACUGACCCUGUUACCUCUAAGAGAGCUUUCGCACAGAAUACAUCUCCAAAGGUAAAUGAGGAUCGUGAAACGAAAACUACUCAGGAUAUUACCCCUAAGACUGACGCUACUCCAGAGACAGGAGAGACGUCUGCGAAUGAUGAUUCGAAGACAUCAUUGAAUGAUCAUGUGGAUGUUAUCAAGUCAGAAGAUAGUUCUGUAGGUUCAACACCAGAAGUUUCUAGUGGUAUUGUUCCUGUCUCAUCAACCGACAGUGAGUCUCAGGUGCCCACUGAUAAGUCAGAUGAGAAGAAGGAAACAGAUAUGAAAUUUGUGUGUCAUUAUUGUGAUGCAGAAUUCAAAAUGAGAGGGUAUUUAACUCGCCACAUCAAGAAACAUGCCAUAGAAAAGGCAUAUCAUUGUCCCUUCUGGGAUGCAUCUCUACCUUCUGAGAAACGUUGUCACUCGACAGGUGGCUUCUCCAGAAGAGAUUCUUAUAAGACCCAUUUGAGAUCAAGGCAUUUCAUUUAUCCUGAUAAUGUUAAGAAUGUGGACCGUGUGAACUCUCAUGGACAUUGCGGCCGUUGUAAAAAACACUUUGAUUCGACAAAUGAAUGGAUUGAACAUCAUAUUGAAAAUCGUGAAUGUGAAGCUAUUUUGCCAACUUUCAAGGGUAACCUGAAGAAGAGUAAAAAGUGUGGGAAGUUGAAAAUGAUCAUGACCUCUGAUGGACAGUCACGUUUCAUUUCCAACCAAGCAACUAUCAGCGAAGCCAAGGUGCCUAUCAGCAACUUCAUGCCAGAAAAUAGGAAGAAGUUAUCGAGUGAGUAUUCUAAACCGGCUUCUGCCUCCCCGCCCAUCAAACAAACCAUAUCUGACCUGGCUUUGGAUAACACUUUUGCUCUGGCUUCAAUACCACUAAACUACAAUGGAAAUAUCAAUGGAAAUAUCAAUGAACAUAACGACAAUCAGAAUUACGGUCAUUUCGAAAACCAAGUGUAUGGCAACGGUGUCCCAUCUCUCGCUCCCUCGAACUCUGUCCCCUUCACAGGACAACCACAACUAAUACCUCAUUCGGGAUCUCAAAAUACAGCUACUCAUUUACGCAAAUGUACACAACCAUUCGAUGAAUUCUCCUCAUUGAACAAAUCACCAGUUGAAGAUGCAGCUUUGGACACCGUACGGUCUAUCUCAUCCCAAUCCUCCCAUGAACAUACUGUUCUCCAUAAAGAAAUGAACUUCAUAUCUACCGAUCAAAAGUCACAAAUAAAUCCUGAUUGGGAAGUACUCCCCCUCGACAUCGAGCAAGCAGGCAUGUCUAUGGAAGAAGAAGUGAAAUUCACGAAUAACUCGAAUGAACCUAAGAUUAAUACUACUUUACAAAGACAAAUGAAUGAGUACGCUCUGGGUGAGAGGCACUUCAGAGAAACUCAGCAAUUCAUGAACUUUUUCAAUUAUACUUACAAUUACCAAGAAUGA